AUGAGGCUCACUGUGUCCUUCACCCGGACGAAGAUCGAGUCCGACAAGGGCAAGAGGAAGAUGGGUUUCUUGGCAGACACAGGCUGGAGGACGAAGCAUCAGCUUCGACAGCUUUAUGGCGAUGAGAACAUCGUGAACAGCAUUAUUGAGGCUCAGGUUCAGGUCGUGGUUGAUUUGACACAGAGCCACGAAGAGGAGGUUUCUGACAAGAUGCAGUGGGCCGUGGAGGCGGCUAGGGACUUCGGCAACUUGGAUGACGUUCCUGCUACUUCUUUCGCCCAGCCGAUGCUCACACCGGGCAAUCGUGGCUGCUUGGGCUUGCCAAGCUCGGGGUCAGCAGAUGCCCCUGCACCUGGUGAUGAGGGCAACCACGGGAAAGGAAAGGGCAAGGGAAAGAAAAAUAAAGGAAAGGGCAAGGACGGGGAGAAGGGGGGCGACAACGGGGAGGUCAUCCAGCGCAAGGCUUCCAAAGAGAUUCUUAAAUGCAACAUGAGCAUUAAGAUGCCUGAGGAGCUGUGGCCGAGGGCUGACUGGCUCCGCGACCGAUUGGAGGCGAAGCUUUCAGAGGCCAAAAUGUGGCCGGUGAAGCUGCACAAGUUCGAGCACCAAGCAUCCCUGAGCCACUCCAUGGAGACUCACGCCGCUGAUUUGGAGACUUCCUAUCACCAAAUCCAGUCGAUGAUCAGAGUGAUUGAGCUGCAUUUGAUGCAAGCUCGUGCCACCAUCGAUGAGGUGCAAGUCGACGCAGGCUCUCGCCUGGCUGUGGAAAGGCUGCAGCUCUACGAAGAGGCGAGAGAAAUCGCUGAGUCUGCUGUUUCCUGGUGCAAGCAGCAAUGUGCUGGAAAGGUGCCCCCAACGGAUUUGGUGCGACGAAUUUCUCAAUGUGGCACAGCCGGCAAGCACCAGUCUAAUUGCGAAAGGGAUUUGCACCGAGUUGUUCGGAGUGUCAGCAAUGCUCUAGAUGUGGAUAUAGAUCAUAUCGACGUUCGCUUUUGGAACCACAAGGAAGGCCAAGAAGUUUGGGGUUCGUUGCCGGUCAUCUGGCCGGACAAAUUGGCCUCUGCACUUUAUGCUCGUGGACCGGGCAUAUUUCAGCAUUGCUUUGCGCCGCGACCCGACGAGAUUGAACCAUAUUGGAAGCACGUGGAACAACAUUGUCGAUGGUUUGACGAUCAUCCUGGCCGUCAGGCGGCCAACAGGAAACGACUUCUGCCGUUCUGUUUGUAUGGUGAUGAGAUCAAUGCUUUGAAGAAUGCCGAAAAUGGUUCCAUUUGUGUCUUGGGCUUUGGAUCGGACCUGGCCUAUGGCAACCCGGCCCUGGAGCGCUAUUAUCUCUUCACUGCACUCUCGGAGCACAACUCUACAGAAAAUACCUUUGAUGACAUUAUCAGAGCGCUGGUGCCCAGACUACGGUAUAUGUUCGAUGGGACAGACUUCAACUGGUGUUCUUCAGGUUGGAAAUGGACCUACUCCUCUACACAGGGGGACCUGAAGUUCAUUACAGACCGUUACGGGUUGCACAACUUUCGGAAGAAUCGCAUAUGUGACCUAUGUGAUUGUGUCAAAAAAGAUGACAACAUAGCUAUGACUCUGGCUGACUUCAGGGAGACAGCUGCUUACCGAGCUACACACUACACCCACCAAGAUUACAUGCAGAGUACCACACCGGAUCUCCGCUCUUCGAACUGGAUGGUGUCAACCUUCUCAGAUUUCUACAUGACCCCUGCCAUGGCCAAUUGCUCAUGUCUCACAUAUCUAUGCGAGCGGUCCUACUUCGCUCCGUGGCCGGAGCGCGGAACAUACGAGCACAUCAUGGCCGACAUGCUUCGAAAGGCGCAUGCAGAGUUUUUGCGAUGGGUGAAACAGAACAAGCUUCAGUGCUCCCAGCCUCGCUUUACACCAGCGCGACUGUCGCGCAGGUAUCGGGUUAUAUACCCAUGCUUGAGUUCCAAAGCAGCACAAUCCAAGAUUUUGUCGGUUUGGCUUGCCACGGCGGCUGGCGAGUUUGCAGCGCGAGCAGAUGCAACCCCCACAGACAAGGCUGUCAGUGCAUGCAUAUAUGCCUAUGUGGACACCCUCCGGAGAAUGGACGAAUAUCCGUUGUUGUUGAGCGAAGAGCAAUCGGUUGAACUCUACACUUGUGGCAUGCGACACUUGCGGCUGUACAGCUACUUGCAUCGUGAAUCAGCGAAGAGGACCGGAACAGAGGCUAUGCGGAACUGUUGGCUGCUUCAGCCCAAACACCAUUUCUUUUACCACAUGUGUCGUGAUUGCAAAGAGCAGCGACUGAACCCCAGCUACUAUUCCUUGCUGGCGGCAGAGAGCUGGAUCGGAUAUAUUGGUAGAAUAAGCAGGCGAACACACCGAUCGACGAUGACAGCCCGAACGAUGCAGAGAUAUUGCACACUGUUGUUCUUUCGCCUGAGGCGAAUUGACCGCAACAUUUCUAGUUGA